AUGUUGCUUUCUCGCCGUGCGUGCUACAAGUGUGGCAAUAUUGGCCACUAUGCUGAGGUGUGCUCUUCGUCUGAGCGUCUCUGCUACAACUGCCAUGAGUCCAGCAGCUGCCCUCGUCCCCGUACUACCGAGACCAAGCAAUGCUACAACUGCCAGGGUCUAGGCCACGUUCAGGCCGACUGUCCCACUCUACGUCUUAAUGGCGCUAACGGCCGUUGCUACAAUUGCAGCCAGCCCGGCCACCUUGCUCGCAACUGUCCGGCCCCCGCUUCCGGCGCUGGCCGCGGUGUCGGUGCUCCUCGUGGUGGAUUCAAUGGUGGCUUCCGCGGCGGAUACGGUGGUUACCCUCGCGCUGCCACUUGCUACAAGUGCGGUGGCCCUAACCACUUUGCCCGUGACUGCCAGGCUCAGGCUAUGAAGUGCUACGCUUGCGGCAAGCUUGGCCACAUCUCCCGUGACUGCACUGCCCCCAACGGUGGUCCCUUGAGCUCUGCUGGCAAGGUCUGUUACAAGUGUGCCCAGGCUGGCCACAUCUCCCGGGACUGCCCUAACAACGAGGCCGCUAACCAGCAGCCUGCUGAGUCUACCCCCGCUGCUGCUCCAGCUGCCCCUGCUACUGGCGCCACCGCUCCGGAGACUACCACAGAGGCAGCCCCUGGUGCGCCUGCUGCUCCUACCACUGCUGUCGCAUAA